GGGUCCAGUGAACAGUGGAGAGGAUCAGGACGUUUCUCAGCGUCACAAGACACCCCUCCGUCCCUCCACGAAGGGAGGAGGAGGUGCACGAUCAUCGGCCACCCUCGCCUUCGAUAUCCACUCAUUUUCGGUGUGGUUAGACUUAGUAAACAGCACCGCCCGGUGCUUGUUUGUAUCCACGGCUUGAGCGAUCCAUCGCAGCGCGCCGGGCUCGAUUGACACUGUCUGCUGAUCCGCUGCUGCCCAUCGCUCGCAAUAACAAGGAUUGCUCGCUAAUUCCCGUCCAAACAGCCUCCCGAAAGACCCAACACGGCGGUCAAGAACGGAGUCUUCACCUCGCUAUGGCUUCGGGAGACCUUUACGAGGUGGAGCGCAUUGUAGAUAAAAGGCGAAACAAGAAGGGUAAGUGGGAGUACCUAAUAAGGUGGAAGGGCUAUGGAAGUAAAGAGGACACCUGGGAGCCGGAGCACCACCUACUGCACUGUGAGGAGUUCAUUGAUCACUUCAACAGCUUGCAAAUACAUUCGCACAAACAGCCCAAGAUUCCCAAAAGUACAGCCAACGGUCAUUCGGCAGCCACAGAAAACUCCAGAGCUCGGGCUGAAGUGCGAAAGAAGAAAAGCGGUAGUGAGCCAGCCGUUGGGGUCCGAGUGGGAACUAUUCUAGGGAUCCCAGGUGGAGGGUCAGCAGCCGUUCACAGGCAGAGGAAGGUUGGUGAAGGGCUUGGUAGGCAUGCUUUGCGGGACAAAAUGAGCAAAGCCAUGACCUUUAAGACUCCUUCACUAGGAGCCCCUCGUUUUGUGGACCCGAUGAGGAAGCCUUAUAAUGGACUCCAGAAUGGAGAUGUGGAGCCUCACAUGUACAGGACAGCAUCAAGGUCACACAGAGCAUCUUCGGACAGGGUGAACGGAGACCAAAAAGAAAUAGAUACUACUGAAUUAGACUCCCCUUUGGCCGACGGUAAGAUGCAACUGCACAGCUCAGCAAAGCGCAAGAUGGCAGAGGAGAAGUGUUACGUGUUUGACAAGCGGCUCAGGUACAACGUGCGACAGAACGAGAGCAACUGUCGAUUCCGGGACAUCGUAGUCCGAAAGGAGGAUGGUUUUACGCACAUCCUUCUUUCCAGCCAGACGACGGACAACAACGCUCUGACGCCAGAGAUCAUGAAGGAGGUGUGUCGGGCUCUUGGAAAUGCGGCAUGCGAUGACAGUAAACUGUUAUUGCUCAGCUCUGUGGGGACGGUCUUCUGUAGUGGGCUGGAGCCGUCCUACCUGAUCGGCCGUCUGUCCACUGACCGCAGGAAAGAAAGUAGUCGCAUUGCAGAUGCCGUAAGGGACUUUGUGUUGGCCCUCAUACGCUUCAAAAAGCCCAUAGUAGUGGCCAUUAAUGGGCCAGCCCUAGGCUUGGGGGCAUCGAUCCUGCCUCUAUGCGAUGUGGUCUGGGCCAGUGAGAGAGCCUGGUUCCAAACUCCAUGUGCAGCUCUCCACCUCACCCCUUCUGGCUGCUCCUCUUACACUUUCCCCCAAAUCCUGGGUGUCGCUUUGGCCAAUGAGAUGCUGUUCUGCGGCAGAAAACUCACGGCACAAGAAGCAUGCAGUCGCGGUCUGGUGUCGCAGGUCUUCUGGCCAACCACAUUUAAUCAGGAAGUGAUGCUGCGUGUGAAGGAGAUGGCGUCAUGCAAUGCUGUGGUUCUAGAGGAAUCCAAAUGCCUGGUGAGGAGCAUCCUCCUGCGUGUUUUAGAAGAAGUGAACGAGAAGGAGUGUCAGAUGCUUAAGCAGCUGUGGUGUUCCACCAAAGGGCUGGAGGCGCUUUUCAGCUACUUGCACAACAAAGCGUAUGAGAAGUGACCCCAAACUGAAGCAGUCUUGGUUUCCAGCCAUCAGCACGGAGUAAGCCUGAGAUUGAGUGUGCUUUCAUCAAAUUCUUCUCGUUUUUGUUCAACUGGACCGCCCGGUUGUUGAUUCUCUUUUCGAGAAGGGGACCAAAUCUCGAUUAGUUCAAAUGAACAUCAAGCAGGGCUCAAGAGGAAGGUACACUGGCUUUGUGUACAUGCCGAAAUGAAUCAGGAUACAGAAAAUCAAUUGUCUGACAAGCACAUGACAAAGUAAUGAUAUUUUAGAAUAUAUAUAUACAUAAAUAUAUGUAUAUAUUAUAUAUAUAUUUGCAUUCUAAAGUUAAGUAUUUGUAUAUACAGUAAGAUAUGUAUUUCAGGCUGGAUUUACACUGCAGGUCUAAGAGCCCCUUUUCCCAAUUUAGAGAAUGAAAUAGGAAGGGAAUUCAUAUGUGUUCAUUUGUCACGGUUUACCUGACACAGGAAACGUGAUAAAUUGGGGGGGAGGUUCGCUAUUCACUGUACCUGUUGAGCACCUUAAAAUGUGUUUUGUGGUAAUUCCAAUUUUGACCACAGCAUCAGUUGCUAGGUAGAGUGGCGCUUUCCGUCAUUUUCAGCAGACUGCAUUGCAAAAUGAUUAAACCCCCCCCCCACGCCCUCUUCCUCGCGCACAAGAUCCACCCAGGUAUGGGACCAUAUGAAUCCCUGCCCUACCGUCCUUUUUAAAUGAACUCUUUAAGUUUUACACACAGAAUGUACGUAAAUAACUGAAAGUAAACAACAAUGAACAAAUCACUAACCAGGCAAGGGAAUUGGAUGCAGAUCCGGUGUCUUGAAAAGUCGGCCGUGGUAAGGCUGUAUGCUGUGCAUCCUAAAACAGAAAACUCUCAGAAGAAAAUUAUUACAUUUAGCUUAGAGAGAUUACUUUGUCUUUAGUGCCAACGAUGCUGGCUUACCUGUGUGCUUGGUAACUAGCAACAACAACAGAUAAGUGAGUAGGCGUACACAUCAGUAACAGUGGUCAGUCCUGCACACGCCGGCCUCGAACUGCUGACCACAUAUGCCUACUGAUUGCGAGUUGAGUCGAGCCAUCGAGCUAAAAGUGUGAGUUGUGAGGUUUAACCAAGGUACUAUUGCACAGCCUCGCUAGCUGGCAUCAUGGGCAGACUAUUAUUAGGCAAACAGGCAGAUUUCAUGUCGCCCCAAAACGUUGUAUAAAAAACUAUAUUUUGUCCAAACACAGUCAACGUCAGGAACUCUCUUUUUCCUACCAGUCACACACUUUGACUUUCACAAUAAUAGCUCUACGCGUCAGAACAGGUCCAACUGUGCUAAAAAAAAAAUGAUCAAAAAAUUCCUGCUGGCCGAGCUUUAAUGUGCAGUUUGCAUGGAGGUUUCUAACAAACAUGGUAGAGUACCAUCUUUUUGGUGUGUGGAGGGCCCUGAGGACAAGGUUUACCUUGGGCCCCCAAAUGACUAAAAAUGCCCCUGAAUGGCAUACGUCACACAUACACACUGCAUUUCUGUUGUAGUUUACAAACAGGUGAAAUGAAAAAAGAAUCAAAUUAAAUUUCAUGAUUAUUAUUAAAAUGUUUUUAAACUGGGUUACAGUAUGUGGACGCCCUCGUAGCGUAAAUCCAGCCUAAGUUGCCUGCUGUGUUGACAUUAAGUGAAAACCAAAGUUACUUUGCAUUGAUCAUGUACAUUCCACUCAGGCUACUUUGAUGCUUGAAUUGUCAGAAGAACAUAUCCUGCGCGAAACUUGAGCUUCUAUUUAGGGACGGUGACACUCUUUGAACAAUUCUUGCAUUGAACUAAACAUAAGACGACCCAUUUUAUUCUUUGUAUUUAUAUAUUUUUAAUACAAGCUUAACAAGUUUGACAGACAUUGGGCCCGAUCUACUAAGAUCCAGAUAACAGGCGCUAAACAACGUACACAAACUAUAAAUUGUGUGUACUAUUAGUGGGCAUGUUGCGUGUGAUCUACCAAGACUGUGUGGAUAAUUGAUUAGUGCAAAAGUGGUGCAGAUCACCCGAUUUAUAUGUGUUUUUUGGCAUGUAUGCCGGUUGUCACCAUAGAGAUACUUCACAUUUACGCCAUCAUAUGGUCCAAACUGGGGGGUUUCAUCAGGUUGUGACAUGCAGUGCACAAAUCUAAUAAGUACCACCUUUUCUGGAACCUACUUUUAUCACGUUGAAGGUGCAAAAUAACCCUUUUACUCUUUGUGCCCAAUGAUCCGUAUUGAACAAGUGAGGACAUGAAUAGUUUAUAUUGGAUAUUAACAGUACAAUAAAUAUUCAUUAUAGAUCUGACUAUAAUUCCCUAAAGCAAGAAAAUGAUGCAAGAAAAUGCAUAUUGCAAAAAGUUUUUCAUAUAGAAAGUAUGUUACAAUAAUACAUUUCCCCUAUGAAAAAAACGAACACCAUUAAAAAAAAAUAUAUAUACAUAUAUAUAUAUAUACUUGUGUGCACCAAAAUUAAUCAAUUUAUUUUAAUCAACCCUUUAAGACAUCCAGCAGAUUAUAAGAUGACAUUGCUAAUUAGAUGUGUCUAAUACCUGCUCGGUGGCCUUGUGGUUAGAGUGUUCACCCUGAGAUCGGUAGGUUGUGAGUUCAAACCCCGACCGAGUCAUACCAAAGACUAUAAAAAUGGGACCCAUUACCUUUCUGCUUGGCACUCAGCAUCAAGGGUUGGAAUUGGGGGUUAAAUCACCAAAAUGAUUUCCGAGCGUGGCCACCACUGCUGCUCACUGCUCCCCUCACCUCCCAGGGGAUGGAACAAAGGGAUGGGUCAAACGCAGAGAGUAAUUUCACCACACUUAGUGUGUGUGUGACUAUCAGUGGUACUUAAACUUUAAUGAUUUAUGUCAGUCCAAAUAUGUUGACACAAGAAAACACACAAAAUAUUCUAUUUCUCAUUCGUCUUGUCUUUCCACCGCAAACGCCCUUUUUCUCACAGGUAUUUGUCCGUAACUGUGCCAGUUUCCGCGGAUAUUGCAGACGUACUAAUUAUCGAUGCCAAACGGCGGCCGCAGGACUGUUUAAGUCUUGAUAAACCACACGGCGUGUCCUAAAUGAUUAUAUUCACACCUUCUCCUGCCAGUAUUGUGGGCGUUGUGAUAAUCAGCAUGUGUUCUACUGUCUUAGUACGUGGAGACAAACACUUUAAAUGGAUUGUGCUCCUUAUUUUGCUUAUGUAAGAGAUGCAAUUUUGGGUUAUGGGAUAUACUUGUAUAACGCUUUUCUACCUUCAAAGUACUCAAAGCGCUUUGACGCUAAUGAUAAUAAUACUAAUAUAUUUUAUUUGUAAAAAAAAACACUUCACAUUGAGUAAACAACCACAAAGUUCUACGGUGUAUUAAAAAAAUAGAAAUAAAUAAAUAAAAAUAUAAUAAAAAUACAUACAAAUAAAAACUAGAACAGCCUAAUAGCUACAACUAAUAUGCAUAAAUCUAAAAAAAAAGGCUUUUUUAAAAAGAAGGGUUGUAACCCUUUUUUAAAAGCAUCCACAGUCUGUGGUGCCCUCAGGUAAUCAGGGAGAGCGUUCCAACAAAUUGGGAGCAGCGGAGCAGAAAGCCCGGUCUCCCAUUGUUCGUAGCUUGGUCCUCUGAAGACUAUUCCCACAUUCACCCGUUCACACACACAUUUAGACCCUUAUGGGGGGCGCUGACCCUAACCACGACCCAUCAGCAGCAAGGGAGAAGUGUCUUGCUCAAGGACACAACGGACAUGACAAGGUUGUUAGAAGGUGGGGAUCAAACAAGGAACCCUCAGGUUGCUGGCACGGCCACACUCCCAACCACGCCACACCGUGCGAUCUGUGCACAAGCUUAGUAGAUGAGCUUUGCACGCACUACUACGUGUUUUUAAUGCACGCAAACCUUGAGUAGAUCAGGCCCAUAAUCCUAUAACUAGCAUCAUAAAUCCUGUGUUGGAUUACCCCUCAAACUUUAAGACACUUUUUUUUAGCGUGUCUGUGUCAGCGGUUGACUCGCUUGGGGAGAAAUCGUUGGACGCCAACCGUUGGUUUGCAAAUAUAACGGAGUGGCUGGACGACUUCAAGAGUAAUGCUCGCCUCUCACCCGGGUAACCAGGAGUCGUGGCAGGGAGUCCAAACCAGCUGGGUUUCGCACACAUAUCAUCUCUAUAUCUCUAUAUAAGUCAAUGUGUUUUUUAUGCGUCUCAAUGCAGUACUUUGAGGAAGUACAAACCCUGUUUCCAUAUGAGUUGGGAAAUUGUGUUAGAUGUAAAUAUAAACGGAAUACAAUGAUUUGCAAAUCCUUUUCAACCCAUAUUCAGUGGAAUAUGUUACAAAGACAACAUAUUUGAUGUUCAAACUGAUAAGAAAAUAUAUAUGUUUUUUGCAAAUUAUGUGGAGUGUAUUAUAUUUAUAUAAAUGGGUUGUACUUGUAUAGCGCUUUUCUACCUUCAAGGUACUCAAAGCGCUUUGACACUACUUCCACAUUUACCCAUUCACACACACAUUCACACACUGAUGGAGGGAGCUGCCAUGCAAGGCGCCAACCAGCACCCAUCAGGAGCAAGGGUGAAGUGUCUUGCUCAGGACACAACGGACGUGACGAGGUUGGUACUAGGUGGGAAUUGAACCAGGGACGCUCGGGUUGCGCACGGCCACUCUCCCCACUGCGCCACGCCGUCCCUAUAUAGCGCUUUUUCUCUAGUGACUCAAAGCACUUUACAUAGUGAAACCCAAUAUCUAAUUUGUUUACAUUUAAACCAGUGUGGGUGGCACUGGCAGCAGGUGGGUAAAGUAUCUUGCCCAAGGACACAACAGCAGUGACAAGGAUGCCGGAAGCGGGGAUCGAACCUGCAACCCUCGAGUUGCUGGCACGGCCGCUCUACCAACCGAGCUAUACCGGUCCAUCAUUAACUUUAGAAUUUCAUGCCAGCAACACGUGACAAAGAAGUUGGGAAAGGUGGCAAUAAAUACUGAUAAAGUUGAGGAAUGCUCAUCAAACACUUAUUUGGAACAUCCCACAGGUGUGCAGGCUAAUUGGGUGAACAUGCCCUUUCCCAACUACAUUGGCAUGUGUUGCAGCCAUGAAAUUCUAAGGUAAUUAUUAUUUGCCAAAAAAAAAUGAAGUUUAUGAGUUUGAACAUCAAAUAUCUUGUCUUUGUAGUGCAUUCAACUGAAUAUGGGUUGAAAAGGAUUUGCAAAUCAUUGUAUUCCGUUUAUAUUUACAUCUAACACAAUUUCCCAACUCAUAUGGAAACGGGGUUUGUAGUACUAGUAAAAGUAGUAGAAAACCUACCUCUUGCUUUCAGUAACAUGAACUACUCUGUGAGGAAUCAAUCUGACGUUGGACCUUAGUUCCUUAUUUUUUUGUCAAGACAACUUUAAAGAGAAGAGGCCUUGUUUCUUCCCAAUGCACAAAGCUGUGUCCGUCAUGUCAUGCUUUGAGUGGAACUUUAAUUAAUGGAACACCUCCGGGAUGGCUUGGAACAGAGAUGACGAGCCAAGCAAGGCCGUCUCCGGGGUUCAACUUCGAGCUGGCAAAAAUUCCGACAGAAACUCUCAUCGGUCCUUUAAGACAAGUGGAAACCGCAAAUAGAUAUUAAUCACUUUUACUUUUGUCCAAAUGAACUUCCGCCAUAUUGAACAUCUCCACCACUAUUCGGUUUUACGUUAUUUACACCUUCCAACAAAACAGCUUUGUCCAUUUAGUGUUUUGUUUUGUUUUUACCUGUGAAAUAACUUCAAUGUUUUCAUGGCCGUUGCUUUAUCAACAAGGUGAAUGAUGAACACUGGAUGUACGAUCAAGUUUGCCAUGGACUCCUUCCUAUCUGUGCAGGAUUCCCACUUUCAAAUGGUGAUUUUGCUGUGAAAAUGUGAGUACAAUCAUGAUGCAAUGAAGUGAGUGAAACAGGACUACGAGGAAUUGUGCGUGAUCAAUGUUGUGUCACUCUUGAUUUGUGUCACAUAUUGAAGAUCUAUUUUGUUUUACCAAAAAAAUAUUAUCUAUAUACAUAAAGGAGAUGCUUAGCAGCUAUUUUGGAGAAGAAAAAAACGAUGAGUUAAUUUGUGCAAUUGUUCACAUGCAGUAUGUGUAGAUGUAGAUGGGUGUACAGGUGUGACAUGUCGCAUGUGAAAUGCUGUACAUAUUAUGAAUAAUAUGGUCUGUUGUUUCUAGGUAUGUUUUGUACCUGCAUUGUAAGUAAAAUUGAAGAUGUUUAUUGUAUGUUUAUUUUUGUAUUUAUUCAAAGUGCAUUCUUUGCUCUGCUUCUGACUCAAAAUAGCCCUUUACUCUUUGUGCCCGUAUUGAACAGUUGAGUAACUGAGUAGUUUGUAUUGGAUAUCAACAGUGCAGCAAGUGUUUACUACAGAUCCGACUAUAAUUUCCUAAAGCAAAUGCUACUUAUUAUAUUAAUACAAAUGUUUACUUUUGUGACGGAAGACAGUUUUAAGUGAACAAAGGCAUGUUAAAUCAUGUAAGAUAUUGUGAUACUGUGUUCUUAAACAAAACAUCUAUUUUCCCUAUAUAUAUUUAUUGUCAUUUCGGGUUGACUUAAUUGCAUUUUCCCCUAAAACGUCCUUGAAAUAAAGUUAAUGUUAUUGUA